AUGCAUCUCAAAUUAAAAUGAUCGAAUAAACCCACCCGGAGCUUAUCACCAUCUGGCCGAGUAGCUCGAGGUUCUUCACCGCCACCACAACCACCGUACACAGUGGCCAUUGUGGCCGUGCAGCAUGAUCUUGUGCCCUAUGCGGAGACUAUUGAGAAACGCGUGUCCACAGGCCUCCGUGGGCCUGAGCACCGUAACAUGCCUUUGGACGAUGCAAUAACUCUGUUGCAAAAGGAAUAUGAUACUUAUAUGGCCUUGGACAGAGUGCCUCCUAUUGUGGCUGCGCCUGCAGCUAUUGCGGAUGAAAAUACCGAGGAAGAUCACACUUUUCUCGCCCCCUCGAGGAACAUGGUCACUUUGCUGCGAAUGCUCGCUGAUUCUCGAAUUCUCAGCAUUGGUGAACUUGAUGAAAUAGCCGCUUUUGUCCAGGAACGCAAACGACGACUCGAAGGUCGACGUCUUGAUAAUAAAUCUGCCGAUACAAGGAAUGGAACCACAAGUGACCUGAAAUCUCGAAUUUUGAGCAUGCUCUAUCCACCAACCUCGAAUAGUUCCACCGCAUCGGUGAACGCGGUUGGGCAGUUGACAUCGACCCCAAGUCAAUCCAGUUCCAUUCCAAACUCAACACUAGAUGCGAAUAAUCUUCAAACGAUCAAUCGGUUAGCAGGCGCCUUACCGAACCCGGCCAUACAGCAAGCUCUCGAUACACUGAUGAUGCUUCCUCCUGGUCAGUUCCCUCAACCCGUUCCAGCUCCAACGUCCGCCUCUACCGGACUGUCUGCGACCGCCUCAGCGCAGUCACAACAACAGUCAUAUGGGAAGAAUUCCGCAGUAAACAUGCCUCAAGAGCGUAACUCCGGCACAAUGGCGGGCCCUAAUCGAAUGUCCUACGGAUCUGGUCCAGGAUCAGUAAAAACCGGUCGGGCGGAUAUAAAUCCCAUGCAACAACGGAUGGACGAUUUUACACGAUACGGUAGUCAGAGACCUGCCGGGGACUACUCAGCAGCCAACAACACACCAAGCGGAUUCUCCACUUAUAAGCAACCAACUCAACAACCAAUGUACCUGAAUGAUGUCAAGACGGCACAGGAUUCUCGCGGACCAGUGGGUGGUUUGAACCGUCGUGAGUCAGAUGAACAUUAUCAGGGUGCUCGCAAUCCCGGAUCGGCUGCUUUACGCUCAAAGGAUGAUAGUUAUGGUGGUCCAAAUGAAGAUGAACCCCCUGCACCCACAGCACCAUCAUGGCAGCGCCGCAAAAGAGGCAAAAGAGGUGGCACGAAGUCAAACGCCGGAAACCGAAACGCUAGUGAUUUGUCGUCCAGUUCAAUGGGACCGAUCGGUACACUUCCUGAUCCUUAUCCAUAUUCUUGGCCACCGGGUUCUUCGUCAGAGCUUGGAGCUCAGUACCCACCCGCCGCGGGGCCUCAUAUGAUCAAUGACCAAUAUCCAUACCCCAACCAAUCUUACGGAUACAACUAUCCACCACAAUCAUAUUAUUAA